UUUUAAUUUGGAAAAAUAUGGAUCAUAAUAAAACCAACACUGCAGAUGACAGAGAUUCAUCGAAAAAGCCAAUUCUCGGUCAGAAUAUUUAUCCUAAAGGAGGUUCUGAGGAGCCUUAUUAUCCAGAGCCUAUUGCUCCUAACCAACCAACUUCAGGAUAUGAUUUUAGACCUAACCAACCUCAGCCCAAUGUAAACCCCAAUCCUACUACUUUCAAUUCAUACAGCAACCAGCAGAUUCAAAAUUCUAAUCAGUAUACUGUCCCAACUACAGGAGUUCAGAGAGGAUAUAUCGUACCUCCUGCGUAUAAUAAUCAGAAUGUGCAUAAUGUAAACAACCAAUAUAAGCAAGUUGCUGAUUGAUGAACUGGCCAACAAUCUUCGAUUGGGGUUAAAUGCCCUAACCCACAGUGCAACCAGCAUACUUCAACUGUUGUGAGGAGAACUAUAGGAAUGAAGAUGUGGCUUUGUUGCCUUCUAUUCACAGCUCCUAUCUUAAUAGGGUGUAUUCCGUGCUGCUGAAUUCCAUUUUGCGUUUCGUCUUGGUAUAACUACAAACACUAUUGAGGACAUUGUGGACUUUAUUUAGGACAGUCCCAAGAGCCAGGUAGUAUCUAGAUCUCGACCUCCAAUCAAAUAAAUCCCAAGAAAGACUCAUCAUAAAAGUUCUUGAGUAAAAGUUUUCUAAAACAAUC